UACAAAAAAAGCUUUAGCCCUCUCCUCCUUCUCUGGCGGUAUCAUAAAAAAAAACACCUAGCCGAAAUAAUUUUCCGGUUACAAUUUUACGGCGACUCUUAAAAAAAAGUUAACGAUUUUCUUGUGAAAAAGUCUCUUUUUUUGUUUUGUGGUUUGGUGGAUCGAAAUAGAGAAGGAGUGAGUGAAACGAAAUCGAUGGUGUUUCCCGGUGAGAUGACGACGACGACGGGGACGAGACCUGAGCAAAGAUCGAAGAGUCUUCACAAUUUCCCUCUACCGAACUUAUGGGGGAACCAGAGACACCUCAAGUGCAUGAAGAUCGACUCAAACGGAAACGGCGGAGAUCACCACCGACUAAGACGCCGAUCUCCUCCUUCGAGAGACUCCGAUUCGACCCCGUUUCGAUUCGGCGGGUCCGAUCAUCGCCGGAGCAGAAACGCGGCGUUUAAAUCUGGAGGAGGAAGCGAAGAAGGGAUCGAGGAGUUCAGGGUGAAGCUUAUGUCGGAUCUGAAGACGGUGAGGGAUAAGAUCACACAAUCCAUGUUUAACAAGGACGUAAUCGAAGAAGAAGAAGAAGAAAUCUCCGGUUCCGGUUCCGGUCAGGAGAAGGAGGUCUCUCCGGUGAAGCCGUGGAAUCUUAGGAAACGAAGAGCGGCGGCGUGUAAAGAACCGGUUUCCAACAGUCAAAUCGAUAAGGGAAUCGCGAUUGAGGAGAAGGUCGUACUGACGCCAUUGUUGAGAGGAGGAGGAGGAGGAGGCGGCGGAGUGGUCGAAGCGGAGACGAAGAAGAAGAUGCGUCCUAAGUUCGCUGUGAAGCUAUCGAAGAAAGAGAUUGAAGAAGAUUUCGUUGGGAUGUUAGGUCACCGACCACCGCGUCGGCCCAAGAAACGGCCCAGAACCGUUCAGAAACAACUCGAUAGUUUGUUUCCUGGGUUGUAUUUGACUGAAGUGACGCUUGAUGCAUAUAAGGUUCCAGAAGAGACCAAGAGAUGAUGAGGAUUUGUAAUUGAAGUCUCCUGUCAAUAUUUGAAUCUGGAUUUUGAGGGUUAAAGAUCUUGGAGGCUCCUUCUUCCUUCUUUCUCUUGCUAAUUUUACUCCUUUUUUUUUUUUUUCUUUUCUUGAUUAAUUCUUUCUUCCCAAAUUGUUCUGAAAUAAAAAAAAUGUACAAAAAGAAAAGUUAUUAGGUUCACCGGUUGAUUAAUACAUAAUUAUAAUGUUUACUUCUUCAUUCACCAAAAAGGGUUUCUUUCUUUCUGAACAAAUCUUUACUAUUGUAAGGGGAAUCAAAAAGGUUGUUUUCGUUGAUUAUAUUAAUAAGGUGUUGUUCUUUCUCAAUCUCAGAUUCCUCA